AUGGACAAGUCUAGGGGCUCCUCCUCCGAGGCCCUUUCGAGUAGCAAGCGGGCCCGUGAAGCUUCGCCGGGCGUUGGUGUUGAUCUGGCCUAUGAGGCGGAGCUGCAAUCGAAGCUCGAAUCUGAGCGGGCGGUGCGCGUGCUGCCGGGCGAGCAGGAGGAUUGGGAGGAGGGGCCCGAGCGCUUCGUGGCCAGAUCUGGGACGGCGCUCCCUGGAUCUGGUGGUGCGUCGGGGUCGGGGCUGGAUCCGUGGGAGGCCACUGCUGCUUCGGCUGGCGGUGGCUCCUCCUCGUCGGCGCCGCGUCCUGCUCCGGCCAGGGGCCCGGUCCCUCCGCCUCGGCCUUCCCCUCGCUCGUUUGUGGCGGGCGCUGCCUCUCGCUCGGGCCCGCGCUUCGGGCCUGGCUCUUCCUCUUCGCAGGCUGGGGACCGGCGUCCUCCUCCCUCUGCUUCGGGUGCCCCUUCUGCGAUCCGUGGCGAUGGCAUCCUGCCGCCGCCGCCGCCUCCCCCUCCUCGACAGCACCCUGCUCCCUCGGGCCCUUCUCCGACCCUGACUUGUUUUGCUUGCCACCGCCCGAACCACUUCCAAUCUAGAUGCACUAACCCACCCUUCUGCCUCAUUUAUCGCUCCGAUGGUCAUCUUACUGUGGAUUGCCAUAACCGUACCAAGAGCCCCUCCUUCAUACAGUUUGGCUUGGGUCUUCCCGGAUGCUCAUUCUUCGCUCUGGAUGCUGAUGUCCUGUGGUGA